AUGCUGUGCUACGCUGUGCUGCGCCUCCGCUCAGGGGGUCUUUUGGUCGUCGGCCUGGCCGCAGCAUCUGCCGUUCCGGUGCCGGCAGGAGUAGCGCCGGCUCAAUGGCCACUUGGCACAGCUACGGCUGCUGCCAGCAACGCCUCCUGGAUGGGGGGCUUCCAGCCAUACAGGCUGUUCUACUGGCAGCUGGACGCGCAGGGAAGGCCGCUACCGUGCUGGCAGACCACGGUCCUGCAUGACCGUGCCAAAGGCUGGCCUGGACUCUGUCUUGGACUCUUCCACAGUGGCCUUGAGAAGAUCACGGACGAGAAGACUUGCAAAAGCGCUUGUUAUGGCGAUCCUCGCUGUAGCGUGUGGCAGUGGGUCAUUUCUGAGGACCCACCGCAGCCCGAGACCUCGGUACAUGCCGGUGCCAUGUCUGGAAUGUGGGAGAGCGAGCUGCUUUCCCAGGCACACGAACACUGGCAGCCUGCGCGCAGACUUCGCGGUGCACUGUUGCCGGCCUUUGCCAUUGCAGGGCUCCGCCGCUUCGCAGCACGCUUGGCACCGCGUGUGCAGCGACCAGCAGAGGUUCACGAUCCUGAACAGAGGAUCAUGGAACUCAUUCGAGUACCAGACACUGAGUUUGACAUUGACGGUAUCGGCGCGUCCUGGGAGGACUACUUCGCCACACGUGGCAUGGCGCCUAAGAACCGGGCCGCCUGUACGGGUGCCCUCUCCGUGCCCCUGACCAUCUUGCACGCCAUCCGGACCUUCAACUUGGCAGUGGGGAAUGAAGAGCUGCGCAUCGAUCUCCCAGGGAGUCGAAUCCUGGAGCUCACAGAUAUGGAGCUGGUCUAUGAGGAGCUGGGCCGUGCCCUGCCCACGCGCGUGGCCUUACGCUUAGUUGGCCCGGAGCUGGGACGCGAUCUGCCUCUGGGUUCUGAGUUUGAGAUCGGCAACGUGCAUCUCACCUUUCACAGGACGAUGUAUCAGGACUUCUUGGCUUCAGCAGCCCCGCCUCAUCUUGCCGUGGCUUUCCACGCAGGUAUCCAAGAGUAUGAGUCCUGGCACCCUGCCCUGCGCGCUCUGGUGCAGCUGCGAGUGCCAACUGCAGUCACAAGCUACAGCUUGUCUGAUGCCGCCCGGGGUCUUUGGGAGAUGAGGCGGCAAGGGACGAACCCUUCCUUGCUCCUGCAAGGAGUCAACCCCUUCGCCUGUAGUGAGCGCUUGGCGGUGGAUGAGGUGAAUGGGACGUUGGGCCUUCUUCCUGGCGGCCUUGAUGCCCAGCAUCUGGAAUGGCUCCAAGCCGAAACAUCGCGAGCAGGAGGCUUGAUCCAGCUUGCCUCGGAUUUCCAGUCGCAGGGAUCGGCCAAAGAAGCCGAAGCGGUCAGCAUCAACAGCUGGUGGUUUCUUUUCUGCGGGCCUGAGUGA